AGAGCUGUCUUUGCAUAAUGUGUCCGAAGUAAUUUGAGCCUCGAGUGAGAACUCUGGGUUGAUCUGUUCAAUGAUCCACCGGUGCUUACUUUUUGGAGAGCUGUCCACGGUAUUCUUGGGAGUCUUCUCCAACACCAAAGAUGACGUCCUUAUACCUGAAGACAUUACUGGAUCAGGCCAGGAGGAAAGAAGUGAACUACAUAACUCGGUAUAUUGCCAGCUUAACAAUGCAGCCAGAGAAAAAAACAGCAGCAGCUCAGACUUGGCUAAAAGCACUACAUGCUAAGAAAGCCUCUUGCAGUCGCGCAUUCUGUAUAAAAGUCGUUGGAGAGAAAAGAGAAAAGAAAAGAAGUUCCAGUGCCAGAGAAACAAUUGAAAGUGUUGGGAGGAGAAUCCCACAUACCAUUAUACAACUAAUUGAUGAGGAUGGCAGAGACAUGGGGGAAAUGCAAAGGGGAAAAGUACUUCGUAUCAUGGAUGAAACAGGGAUGAAUCUGAUCCUGCUGUCUGACAAAACAGAUCCACCCAGGUACAGACUAAUGACAGGAAAACAGAUCUACGAAGAACGUCUCAAACUUAGAUAUGAGAAAGCUAGCCCCAAAGCAGGGCCUGUUCAACAGAAAAUAAUUAAAAUGUCCACACUUACUGAGCAGCAUGAUUUCAGAACGAAAGUAAAGCAAAUUCAAGAAUGGAUUGACAAGAAGUACCAUGUGAAAAUUAUGCUGCAACAAAAACCUAUUUCUGAUGGACCAGAAAAGAUGUUAACAUUUUUUGAUCAGAUUUUGGAUACGAUGCGCGAGAAGGCCACUUACCACUCCAUGCCCUCUAUCGCUGCAGAAGGAAGGAGUACCUGUGUGCUGAGACAUUUGUCAAAGAAAGAAAUCCAGAAAUUAAAACUCGCGGAGAAAAAUGAAGACAUUCAGAAAGAGAAUGGAAGCAAUGUUAAUGACUCAGAGGUUACAAAGCAGUGAUUUUUUUUUUCCUCCUAAAGAUGGAGUGGGAAAAGGAUGUGAUGUGUAAUUUUGGUGCAUGGAUCUUCAGCCUUCUCUACCAAUUCCAUAAACUUGCCACUGCUCACCCCCUCAAAGCCAUUUCUUAUGAGCAUCUCUCAUGACAACUGUUAGGCUCAUCUAAAGCUGCGGUCAAGGGACAGCAUUUCAACUGUCGGCAGCCUGCUGCUUGCUGCUUGCUGCAGAUGUAGACAGAGGUUCUUCCGCUGAAGAUACGCUUCUUCGCUGCGCUUUCGGAGGGAUGUACCCGCUGAGGCGAGAGGCCAGGCUCCGCUUUGGCCGUGGUUUCUUAGGAAGCAACAUCCAAAAGAAAGAACUGUAAUGGAGUAUCCCUUUUUUGUCAUUAAAAACUGAGAACAGUUAACCAUA